AACUUUCAUUUUUAUUGUAAAAUAGAGUUUAUACAAAACAAAAUACAAAUUGUUUCAUUAAAAACAAUGCGUUUACAAGAAUAUCGGUAAAUAAUAGUGUAGUGUAAUAUCCAAAAAAUAUGUGCUUAUAAAAACUGUUGUCUUUAUUGACCAUUGUAAACAUAUCAAUGGUUCAAAACAAAUAAGAACUGAACUGUGUGAUGCUGUGUAAUAACCCAAAAUCAGUAAAUCCGCAUAGGAUUUUGUCGUCGCGAUGUCUGUCGUCAUGGCAACCACAUCUCAAUGUAAGGGCUAAAAAUGGUUUUUUAUACAAAAAUUAAAAUGGACAAAGCUUAAAAUUUGUCGCGAUGAAUGAAGCUAACGAAACGAAUUUGAGUGGUUCUGUCCAAGAUCUAGUACAGUGUGAUGAGGAAAUCGGGUGUCGGUUUUUAAAGUGCAAUCCAAAAGAAAAUGGGGCACCGGAGCCCGAGCCGGAAGGUGCGUGCCCGCGAGUUGUAGAAUUGAAGGAAACUGCUGAACACCAAGAGUUUGAAAAUGUGCCUGACGAAACAUAUAGUAUGGAAGACAAUACGUUGGAAAAACAGGAAACAACUGUUGAAAAUAUGAUUUUUGCAAAACAGGAUGACCAAGGUGGUUGGUUGUUGAGAUGGGAUGUACAGAGAAAAAGUGAUGCUGACUUUAUAGCACUCUGCUAUGAAGACACGUCAACAGUUGAGGAGUGUUUAAGCAAGCAAGAAGUUAGAGGACAGGAACAGAGUACAAUGUGGCUGCUGGAUAUACCUCAAACACAUAAUGACUGUGAGAAACUAUGUUUCCGCUACUACGACGGAACGUCAAUGGAAUAUAUAGCCCAAUCCGAUCCACUUAUAAUCAAACAUCCUGUAGACAAAAUCAAAAAAUUAAUCAAAGCCAAAAAACAAAAAUGCAACGGUAUAGAAAAUGACGCCUUUCAAGACGAAACAGAUCUUCUUGAUACACCGGAUAUAAUGAAACCUUCGAAUUCGUUAGAGACUUUAGAUAACGGCGAUCAUAUUGUAUCCGGAGCCAAGAAAAAAUCGCCGAAUGGUUUGAGUAUUACUGGUUUAAAUGGCACCAAGAAAAAAAUUAGGUCAAAGAACAGUCCCAGGUCGCCUAAAUCGCCCAGUAAGGAAUAUUAUCAGAUUUGGGACGCCUCUUCAUCUCCAUCACCGGAGUCCGAAGAAAACGCUUGUGGUAUGGAUUUUUCCGCCGAAGCACUGGCACCUCCAUUACCUCCAAGAACUCUACACAAACCGUUAGAGAGGUGUCACGCCUUGGGUACCCCGUUUACCCCACCUGUUGUACUCCGGCAGAACAAACCAAGAAAAAUCCAAAAAUUAGAAGAUACGUUCGGCUUCGAAUUGAUAGAUACCGACGAAGACUUUAAACCAAGUGGAACUACACCAAUAUCGUCGACGUCAGAUUUAGAACUAACCUCAAACAAUACCCAAAAGAUGAAAGCAGCCCUGAUGGAAAAUGGGAAGAAACUCAUCGGCUGUGAUAAUUACAUUAGUACUGUAUUAAGCAAAAGUAAAGAUAUCGAUUCUAGUCCUCCGAAUACUCAUCUGCCUAUAGAAAAGAAAGAUAGUCAGAGCUCUGUUAGUACGCAAAGUAGUGGAUCGACAUCUGGAUCUAACACUUCGAACGGCCCAGUUUGUCUUAUCGGAUCCUUGGACGUAGUAGACGGAGAGUUAGCCAGUAAACCGCACAAACCAUUGGCGAGAUUGGUCCAAGAUAUUGACGGAUGUCACGAAGAAGUCCAUCAUACGCCACUUCAUAGGCCAAGAGUGGAGAAUAAAGAUUUGAUCAGACCACAAACGAAAGCUCUACAAAGGAUCGCACAUACAGCACCUAUUCAUGACCCUCUAGUAUGCCCUCCUACACCAACGCAUCAUUCAAGAAAGCUAAGAGCUCCGGAACUUAGGCCACCUAACCUCAAGUCUGCAGAACCACUUGAUGUGCGGCUGAACGGUGAUGGACCUGAUGUAGCAAGUAGUAGAGAUACUCGGGCUGAGGAUGAUCCCGAUCUUGAAAGUUUGAUGAUGAGGCUGAAACCUAUCAUGGGAGUAGAACGUGAUGGCGCAAGAACGAGAUCGGAAACUAAUGGUGAAGCUAGUGGAGGAAUGCCAUUGCCUCUCCAGAGACUUAGCACAACAAGAUUACCAUCGAUACCAGAAAGAAGUCACAGAGCUUUAAUAUUAACAAAAGUUGAAGGAGAAGAUGAUCCUUUACCACCAUCUUGGGAGGCUCGAAUGGACAGUCAUGGUCGCGUGUUUUAUAUCGACCAUGCAACACGCACUACUUCUUGGACUCGACCUGGAGGUAGUACGAGCUCGUUUCCACCAGCAGCUGCUGAACAACAUAGAAGACAAUUAGAUAGAAGGUAUCAAAGCAUAAGAAGAACGAUAAGUUCAAACAGAUUAGAGGUGGUGGACUUUUCGACAGCUCCUCCUGGAUGCCGGCUGCUAACCAGGCCGGAUUUUUUCACUGUUUUGCACAUGAAUCAGGAAGCGUUAGCUCUAUACAACAGAAACCCUACUUUGAGGCACAUGAUAGUAAAGAUAAGACGAGAUCCUAACGUUUUCGAAAAAUACCAGCACAACAAAGAGUUAGUCAGUCUAGUCAAUUUAUUCGCUGACCCUACUCUGGAUUUGCCGAACGGUUGGGAUACUAGAAAGGACAGAAGUGCUAAGCAAUUCUUUAUCGACCAUGCUAAUAAGAAAACUACGUAUAUGGAUCCCAGGUUACCUCUCGACCUUUCUUUACCUAGAAGAAUGGUUGAAGAAGGACAAGCUCCAGCUCCACCACCACGUAUAACGCCAUCUUCAACAAUCCUCAAUAAUUUCCCCGAGGUUCCAGUCGCUUACAACGAUAAAGUCGUAGCUUUUCUCAGGCAACCGAAUAUAUUCGAUAUCCUCAGAGAAAGACAUCCUCCAGUAGGAAAUUCUUCUUCUCUUAGGGAUAAAGUUAACGCUGUUCGAGUGGAUGGUACUAGUGCUUUAGACAGGUUCUGCCAUGACAUCCAUUUGACUAUAUUGCUGAGCCUCUUCGAACAGGAGAUAAUGUCAUAUGUGCCUGCGAUGACGGUGGACAACAGAGCCAAUUCUACCGCCAGAAGUCCUCGGGGGUCCCCACAGCCAUCUCCCAUAGCUUCUCCAGGUCUGAGUAGGCAUAGAGUCACCGCACCUCACAAGAGGGACUUCGAAGCUAAGCUCAGGAAUUUUUACAGGAAAUUGGAGAGCAAAGGAUACGGACAAGGACCCGGAAAGUUCAAGCUCCAUAUCCGAAGGGACCAUCUUCUUGAGGACGCCUUCCGAAGAAUAAUGUCAGCAAAUAAAAAAGAGCUUCAAAAAGGAAAAUUGUGCGUGGUGUGGGACAAUGAAGAAGGAUUAGAUUACGGAGGGCCUUCUCGAGAAUUCUUUUUUCUGCUUUCCCGAGAACUUUUCAAUCCCUACUAUGGUCUGUUCGAGUAUUCAGCUAAUGAUACUUAUACUGUACAGAUCUCUCCCAUGUCUGCCUUCGUCGAUAACUAUCAUGAUUGGUUUAGGUUCAGUGGCCGUGUUUUGGGCCUAGCUCUAGUCCAUCAGUACCUUCUAGAUGCUUUCUUUACUAGACCUUUUUACAAAGCGUUGCUGAGGCUUCCCGUAGCGUUAUCGGAUCUAGAAAGCCUCGAUUUUGAGUUUCACCAAAGCCUUCAGUGGAUCAAAGAGCACGACGUAUCCACUCAAGGAGAGUUAGAACUGACGUUCGCUGUAACUGAGGAGGUUUUUGGCCAGGUGUUAGAGAGAGAAUUAAAACCUGGAGGGAGAAACGUGCCCGUGACUGAGAAAAACAAAAAGGAAUACUUAGAAAGGAUAGUUCGAUGGCGCUUGGAACGUGGAGUUUCGGAGCAGACGGAAUCGCUAGUGAGAGGCUUCUAUGAAGUCGUCGACCCUAGACUAGUCAGUGUAUUCGAUGCUAGGGAGUUAGAAUUAGUGAUCGCCGGCACGGCAGAAAUCGAUCUGAUCGAUUGGAGGCACAAUACCGAGUAUCGAGGAGGUUAUCACGACCAGCAUCCAGUCGUCAUAUGGUUUUGGCAAGCCAUCGAAAGGUUUACCAACGAACAGAGACUUCGCCUCCUUCAAUUCGUUACGGGCACCUCUAGUAUUCCUUUCGAGGGUUUCUCUGCACUCCGAGGUUCGAUAGGUCCUCGAAAGUUUUGUAUAGAGAAAUGGGGUAAACCGAAUAGUCUUCCAAGAGCACAUACGUGCUUCAAUAGGCUAGAUCUGCCACCCUAUCCUACGUCGGAGGUUCUUUAUGAAAAGUUGCUACUCGCUGUAGAAGAAACUAAUACCUUCGGAAUAGAGUGAAGCGUCGGUACUUAUCUUCACCGUAUUUUAAACAGGAAAGGUUGAACUUUUACGAUAGUUUUAUGAGUGAUUGACUGAUUUUAACAUUUUUUACUAUAUCUUGUUUACUACCAACUGUCUUGUUUUAAUUAAAUAUUUUGAGAUAGUUUAGUCAACAAGUAUUACCUGAUUCAGGUAGGAAGUGUUAGUUCUAACUUCUGUAUCAGGAUAUGUUUUUUUUUCAUAUCCUUAAUAUGUUGUAUUCAAUAAAUAUGACAUUUUUAGCUAUUAGGGCAUCAUAAUGAAUCAUAUGAAAAUAAUGAGCAUCUAAUUAAUUCAUCGGUCAUCUUCUUCAGAUAUCAUUUUCGAAUAUGAUACAGUGACUGUCUAAUUGGGUGGUGUUAUUCAUUUAGCGAAAAAAUUAUUUAUUUUCAAGGAACGGUUACAAUUAAAUAUCAAUUUGCAUUUCAUGAAGUGGUUGUUUAUUUAUAAUUAUGUAAGAAUUAACAAUUACCACAAUUCAUAUUUUUUGGCAAACUGCGUAUAUAACUGAAAAAAAUUAAUAUCUGAUGAUUGUGUUCUAGGUUGUAGAUCAUUCAAAACUUUUUAUAAAUAAUAAUUUUUUUGGAAAAACUAAAAAUAAAAGUUUACCGUUAUUGUGCAGACUUAAGGUGAAACAGUAGCGAUCAACAGGUACCCAAAACGCGUUCCAAGAUUGCGGCUGUAUUUUUGAAUAUUUUUUCGAGAUAUUUGGCACACGUAUUCGUAAUAUAAUAAAGAAUGGCGGU